GUCACAACACCGCCGAGUAAGAUGGCCGCCAUCGUCUCCACCGCCGCCACCGCGGUCCGCGUCAACGCCAAGGCUGCCGGCAUCAAGACCACCGGCUCGUCUCGCGCGGCGUUCCUCUCCCGCAAGGCUGCGCGCUCCGUCGCCGCCGUCGCCGCGACGCGCAAGGUUGCGACGCGCGCGGUCGUCACCGAGACCACCGCGGAGUCGUCCGCGGAUUCCGCCGAGCUCUACAAGGAGUUCGAGCGCCUCCUCGUGGACUACCAGUUCUCCUACAAGGUUGGCGACCGCGUGACCGGCAAGGUGUUCCACUGCGACGCGAAGGGCGCUUGGGUGGACAUCGGCGCCAAGGCUGCCGCGCUCUGCCCCGGAUCCGAGGCUUCCCUCGCGCAGGCCCGCAACGCCGCCGCGGUUUUCGACAUCGGCGAGGAGUACGAGUUUGAGAUCAUCCGCGACGACGACGGCGACGGAUCCCUCACCCUCUCCGUCCGCAAGAUUCAGCUCGAGGCUGCGUGGAACAGGUGCCGCGAGAUGCAGGCCAACGACGAGGCUGUCAACUCCGUCGUCCUCUCCGUCAACCGCGGCGGCCUCCUCGUCGAAGUCGAGCACCUCCGAGGUUUCGUCCCCCAGUCGCACAUUGCCAUGCGCGUGCCCAACCGCGACGAGCUCAUCGGCCAGUCCGUGCCCGUCAAGUUCCUCGAGGUUGACGAGGAGAAGAACCGCCUGGUGAUGUCCAACCGCCUCGCCACGGACGUCGUCAGCGGCGAGGGCCUCGGCGUCGGCGACGUGUGCAAGGGUGUCGUGCAGGCUGUGAAACCCUACGGCGCGUUCGUCGACGUCGGCGGCGUCUCCGGCCUCUUGCACAUCUCCCAGAUCUCCCACGACAGGAUCGUCGCCGUGGAGAACGUGCUCGCGCCCGGCGACGAGCUCAAGGUGCUCAUCCUGAGCAAGGAUGCCGAGCGCUCCAGGCUGUCGCUCAGCACCAAGAAGCUCGAGCCCUCCCCCGGUGACAUGCUCCGCAACCCCGCGCUCGUGUUUGAGAAGGCUGACGAGAUGGGCAGGCUGUUCCGCGAGCGCGUGGCGGCCGCCGAGGCUGCCGCGCAGGCUGAGGAGGGUGCCGUGCAGGGGGAGAUGGCCGGUAUGGAGGUGAGCAAGAGCGCGGAUGAGGAGUCCGGCGAGGAGGCGUAA